AUGAAGAAAUUUUAUGAACUCAGCACCCUUUGUGGCAUAGAAGCUUGUGCAAUAAUCUAUGAUGAAAACAAUCCUCAACCAGAGGUUUGGCCAUCUUUCUCGCAAGUAAGAAACGUGUUGUUCAGGUACAUGAGUUUGCCUGAUCAUGAACGAAGCAAGAAGAUGGUUAAUUUAGAGACCUACUUGAUGCAAAGCAUUGAGAAAGCUCAAGAUUUGUUGAGGAAACAAAUGGAAGAUAACCAAAAGAAGGAAAUAGCCGAUUUAAUAGAUCGGUUUAUUCAUACCGGUGAAUAUAAUAUGGGAAAUAUGAACCUGAAUGAUGUAACAUUUUAUAUUGAUAAGAAUCUGAAGCAAAUUGAGAAGAGGAUGGAUUCAAUGGAAAUCUAA